AUGCCUGCCUACCACUCAACCUUCUUGGCAGAAGAGUCUGCUGACGCCAGACAAGUUGGAAACAUCGCCCUUCUCCCCAUCCACUCAAAGUUCCGUGGACCCCUGUACCCACCACAAAGUGAAUACGACAUCAUUGAAGAGACCCUUGACCUCUUCAGAGCAAACUGUUUCUUCAAGAACUUCGAGAUCAAGGGCCCCGCCGAUAGAUUGCUCAUCUAUGGCAUUCUCUUUGUCAGUGACUGUCUCUCCAAACUCACACGUCUGGUCAACUUGAAGGAGGCCGUGAGGAUCUUGAAUAACUUGGCAUUGGACCUGUUCCUGUUACCAGGGGAUGUUGGAUUCCCCUUGAACUCCCUCUACCAGGCCCCGGCCACUAAAAACGAAGCCGAUUUGUUGCGCGGCUACUUACAACAAUUCCGCCAAGAAUUGGCCGACCGUUUGUUGAAACGUGUCUAUGCUGACGAUGAAGCUGUCCCCAGCAAGUAUUGGUUAGCCUUCACCAGAAGACGGUUUAUGAACAAGAGCUUGUAG